UAAAGGUCUUCACCACAAUUUUUCUCAAAGAACCGGGCCAAACAGGUGCGACCCAUCUUGGUCUCUGGAACGGUUGUGAUAGAUCGAACAGAACCUCUCUUUAUUUUCUCCUGUCAUCGCUAGCUAAUUCUAACAAGCAACCCUAAUCCCUUGCGUCUCUCCUUCUCCAAGCGCUCGUGCUCGCUCCAAGCUCAGAUCCGGACGAGUUUUUGUUCCUUACUUUCCCCGUGCAUUUGAAUCAUUUCAGCUUGGGUUUCCGCUUUCCUAUUUUGGUAUUUAUUCUUGGAUCGAUCGAUAGACGGCAGAACGCUGUGUUGGGCAUCCGUAGAGAUAGUACUGGUGGAUUUUUUUUCGCCGUAUUAUCUCUGGAACGGUGUGAUUUCUUGUUUCUCACGAGCGAUCUAGGCUUGAUGGGGAAAGGCGGGCAGGAUCGGGGGCGUGGAGCCGGUCCGAUGCCUCAUCCGCCGCCUUCCUCGUCUUUUCCAGCGUGGGCGAGGACGGUUGCUGAGUGUCAGGCCGAAUUUGGAGUUUCUGCAGACGUUGGACUAACCUCGGCUGAGGUUUCACGGCGGCUGGAGAUAUACGGCUUGAACGAUCUCGAGAAUCACUCUGGGCCAUCGAUCUGGCAAUUGGUGCUCGAGCAGUUCAACGACACGCUUGUUCGGAUACUUCUUGUGGCCGCGGUCGUUUCCUUCGUUCUCGCGUGGUAUGAUGGCGAUGAGGGCGGCGAGAUGGGGAUCACGGCAUUUGUGGAGCCGCUUGUGAUCUUCUUGAUUCUAAUCGUCAACGCAAUAGUAGGGGUUUGGCAGGAGAAUAACGCUGAGAAGGCGCUUGAGGCGCUGAAGGAAAUACAGUCCGAGCAUGCUGCUGUGAGAAGGGACGGGAAGCUCAUACCUAGCUUGCCUGCUAAAGAGCUUGUCCCAGGUGAUAUAGUUGAACUGAGGGUUGGGGAUAAGGUUCCUGCCGAUAUGAGAGUGUUGUAUUUGAUAAGCUCAACUCUUAGAAUGGAACAGGGGUCUCUUACUGGGGAGAGCGCAGCUGUGAAUAAGACCAAUCACAAGAUCGAUUUGGAAGAUACUGAUAUACAAAGCAAAGAGUGCAUGGUCUUUGCUGGAACCACUGUAGUUAAUGGGAGCUGUGUGUGUUUGGUCACGCAGACUGGUAUGAACACGGAAAUUGGUAAAAUCCACUCCCAAAUCCACGAGGCUUCUCAAAGUGAAGAAGAUACACCCUUGAAGAAAAAAUUGAACGAGUUUGGAGAGGUCCUUACCGCUUUAAUUGGCGUGAUCUGUGCGCUUGUGUGGCUCAUUAAUGUAAAGUAUUUCUUGACCUGGGAAUAUGUCAAUGGCUGGCCGAGAAAUUUCAAGUUUUCGUUUGAGAAGUGCACCUAUUACUUUGAGAUUGCAGUAGCUUUAGCUGUGGCUGCAAUUCCUGAGGGUCUACCAGCAGUGAUUACAACUUGUUUGGCACUGGGUACAAGGAAAAUGGCAGCAAAGAAUGCGCUUGUGAGGAAGCUUCCUAGUGUGGAGACAUUGGGGUGCACGACUGUGAUUUGUUCUGAUAAAACUGGCACACUGACAACGAACCAAAUGUCAGCGGCAAAACUUGUGGCUAUCGGGCGGUGGACUGAUAAUUUGAGAAGCUUUAAGGUAGAUGGAACUACAUAUGAUCCUAAUGAUGGGAAGAUACAUAAUUGGCCAGCUGGUAAGUUGGAUGAAAAUCUGCAGAUGAUUGCAAAGAUUGCUGCAGUUUGUAAUGAUGCCAGCAUCAGUCGUUCUGGGCAACAUUUUGUUGCUACCGGUGGGCCUACUGAAGCAGCCUUAAAGGUUUUAGUUGAGAAAAUGGGACUUCCUGCUGCGUCUGAUGCUGCAUCUAUAGGUUCCACAGAUACAUUGAGAUGUUGCCAAUGGUGGAAUGAUGUUGCCCCUAGGGUUGCAACACUUGAGUUUGAUCGUACUAGAAAGUCCAUGGGAGUCAUUGUGACAUCAAAGACUGGAAAAAAUACCUUACUUGUGAAGGGGGCUGUGGAGAAUUUAUUGGAGAGAAGUGUAUCCGUGCAAUUGCUUGAUGGCUCUAUUGUAAGGCUGGAUGAGAGCACCAAACGUCGAAUUUUGGAAUACCUGCAUGAAAUGACAUCUACUGCUUUGCGAUGCCUCGGUUUUGCAUACAAGGAAGAGCUUUCAGAAUUCAGCACCUAUGAUGGUGAAGAUCAUCCUGCUCAUAAGCUUCUACUUGAUCCAUCUAAUUAUUCAUCCAUUGAGAGUGAUUUGGUUUUUGCUGGAUUAGUUGGGCUUAGGGACCCACCCCGUGCUGAAGUACACAAAGCAAUUGAAGAUUGCAGAGCCGCUGGAAUUCGUGUGAUGGUAAUAACUGGAGAUAACAAGGAAACAGCAGAAGCAAUUUGCCGAGAAAUUGGUGUAUUUGGUCCACAUGAAGACAUCAAAUCGAAAAGCUUUACUGGAAAAGAAUUCAUGCAUUUACCUGAUAAAAAGAAUACAUUAAGACAGAGAGGUGGGCUUCUUGUCUCUAGGGCGGAACCAAAAGACAAGCAGGAAAUUGUUAGAUUGCUUAAAGAAGAUGGAGAGGUGGUUGCAAUGACUGGUGAUGGUGUCAAUGAUGCUCCAGCUUUGAAAAUGGCUGAUAUUGGUAUUGCUAUGGGUAUUGCAGGGACGGAGGUUGCUAAGGAAGCCUCUGAUAUGGUUUUAGCUGAUGACAAUUUCAGCACCAUAGUUGCUGCAGUUGGCGAGGGAAGAUCUAUAUACAACAAUAUGAAGGCCUUCAUAAGGUACAUGAUCUCCUCCAACAUUGGUGAAGUUGCAUCUAUCUUUCUAACGGCAGCCUUAGGUAUUCCUGAAGGGCUGAUACCAGUUCAGCUUCUGUGGGUCAACCUAGUCACAGAUGGUCCUCCAGCAACUGCUUUGGGAUUUAAUCCUCCAGAUAAAGAUAUCAUGAAGAAACCACCUAGGAAAAGUGACGACUCGUUGAUCAGUGCUUGGAUCUUGUUUCGUUAUCUGGUUAUUGGGUUUUAUGUUGGGAUUGCUACUGUCGGAGUUUUCAUUAUAUGGUACACUCAUGGAUCCUUCUUAGGCAUUGAUUUGAGCGGUGAUGGGCACACCUUAGUUACCUAUUCCCAACUAUCUGACUGGGGCCACUGCCCCUCCUGGGAGGGCUUCAAAGUUACCCCAUUCACCGCUGGAAAUCGCAUAUUCUCUUUCGAUUCCAAUCCUUGCGAUUAUUUUCAGACCGGCAAAGUUAAAGCCAUGACUCUCUCUCUCUCCGUCUUGGUCGCUAUCGAGAUGUUCAAUUCACUCAACGCCCUAUCGGAAGACGGAAGCCUGGUUAGGAUGCCUCCAUGGGUCAAUCCAUGGCUUCUUGUGGCCAUGUCAGUGUCCUUUGCUCUGCACUUUUUGAUCUUAUAUGUACCCUUUCUAGCCCAAGUUUUUGGGAUUGUGCCCCUCAGCUUCAAUGAAUGGCUUCUAGUUCUAGCAGUUGCUUUCCCAGUUAUUCUGAUUGAUGAGGUGCUCAAAUUUGUGGGUCGGUGCAGUAGCAGACCUUCAGCUGCUGAGAGAACCUCAAAGAAACAUAAGGGCGAGUAGCUGAUUAAAGCAGGCGGUAGUUCUACCCAAAUGUUCUUUCAUUGUCGACCUGCUACUCUUGUUCUAUUCUUUUCUGAAUCAGAAGCAGGUUUCAGACUUCCAUUUCACAGUAGAACAUCAGGAAGGGCUGAAAAUUGAACUGGGCUCUCUCAUCAAAAUUGAGAUUUCCCGAAUGAAUUCCACUAUUGUUUAACGUUUAUUCAUAAAUUCUAAGACGACUUUAAAGUUUUAGUAUUAAUAAUUCUUCUAAGUAAAUUUUGAUCUAAUUGAUAGUUUAGGCUUGCAGCUUGUAUGAAAUGGGAGAUGACAGAGCUUCUUGUGUACUCCAGUAAUCGAUCUUUUCUACUUUUGAAGCUGGUCAUCUCUAAACUAUUUAUCCACGUUGACAGUAGCUUCAUUCUCGGUAAUAAGUUUUUUUUUUUUUUCUUUUUUGAUACAGUAUUAUUUACUAUAUCUUUUGAUCUUAAAUCGAUUUACGAAAGCACUUCUUUAA